AUGCCCAACCUAGCACAUUCUCCAAAACUAAACAAAUCUCAUAGUAUGUCGGACACUGACAUCGAUAAGUUAACCAAUCAGGAUUCAUCAUUAGUUGAAGUUCUACACGUAACUCAACGAGACAACAAGCGCCGACGUAUUAAUGAAAGACAAAUCAGUCCCGAAUGCUCUGAUUUUCGGACAAUUAUACGUGAGGAACUACGUGAGAUGUUAAAUACGUUACAACAUCAACAGAAUUCGCGAUUAGAUAUCCUAGAAAAAUAUAUCACUGAGAUCAAAGCCCAAAAUGAAUCAACCCUACAGAAGAAUUUAGACAUCGAGAAAUCAAUCGAGUUUGUCACAGACAAAGUAAACAAUCUUCAGCUCUCCAUCAAUGCUCUUGAAGACGAAAGAAAAGGUUUGACAUCCCAGAUAUCAAAAAUUGAUGAUAAGUGUGACAUGCUCGAAAGGUUAUCUCGAAAAACAAGUAUUCAAAUUAGAAAUGUCCCCAACCAAAAAGCCGAAACGAAGGAGGCACUUUUUGGGAUGAUCUCAAGGCUGGCAAAUUCACUGGAUAUUAAGUUACAGGUUACCGAUUUGCGAGAUAUUCACCGUAUGCCAAUGAAACCAGGACAGGCUUCUUCAACUGUUGUAGCAGAAUUUUCCUCAACAUUACACAAAUCCAAGUUUAUCAUUGCAGCUAAAAGCCACAAAGUCACAGCCAUUAAGUACAAAACAGAGCAAUUAAAUUCAGCACACCUGGGAAUAGAAGGACCGAAAAGUGAAAUCUAUAUAUCAGAACACCUAACUGCUCAAUCUUCUCGACUAUUUUUCCUUGCCCGUGAAUUACGAAAAUCUAUGGGAUAUGACUACUGCUGGACAGCAAACGGACUUGUGUAUUUAAGGAAAAAACAUGGUGAACCAUAUAUUUUGGUUAAAAAUGAAUCGCAGCUUCAAUCUCUGAGAAAGAAAUGA